AUCUCAUCACCGCUCGGCACUAGCACCGCGAGACCUUAUUUCCCGCCUCUCCGACGGGCUCCCGCCGAGAGAAACCGCCAAACCCUCCAAAAUAUGCCGCCCUCCCGGGAGCAGCCCGCCGCCGCCGCCGCCGCCGAUGGCGGCGUUGAGGAGAAUGUGAUGGCUAUCCUCGACUCCUUCGUCGGCAUCAAGGAUUCCCGUGACCUCCACGACGACCGAGCCGCUUUUUUGGAGGCCGUGCGCUCCGUCGGCCUGGCCGGCGACAAACCCAUGAUCCCCACUGAGAGAAUGUACGAUGCUGUCUUUCUGAUUCUUCAAAGCAGCAGCUCUUUGGAGCUAAACAUUGCAAGUUUCCAUCUCUUAGUGGAGCUGGGCAAGAAAUAUCCAAGAGUUUAUUUGGCAAAUUCUGGUUCCCAACAAACUCUAGUUAUAGUUAAAGAGUCAUGGUCACCAUUUCUCCUUGGCAAUAAUUUAGCUUCGGGUGAGAAUGGGAGAAACACCAGUCGCUCAAAUCACCUCUUUGAUUCUUUGAGAUUUUCUUUGUUGACUGAGGCCAUGGUUGAAGCAUCGAAUGACACAGGUGCUAAUAAUGGGCUUAAGCAUAUAGAGAACAUGGUGCUGUUCCAGUAUCUCGUUCACACACUUGAGGCUGAUUUUGUACCUCGUCAUAUUGCAUAUAAAGAGUCAUUAGACUGGGUGAUUAUCAGGGAAUCUGUUUUAAACGUGCUUCUGGGAUCGCGAAAACUGGUAUUCAAAACGUUUGUCAAGAACUGCAUAUCCCUUCUGAACCAACAUCAGCGGGAAGUCGAAGAUGACAUAUCUUCUAAAUCAGCAUCUGAUUUGGAUUCUUCCUUAACCAUUUCAUCGCUUGAGUUUGAAAGAGAAGCGCUUAUAUCUGUGAAAAAACUUUUCAUUAUGGUUAUAAACCUUGACUUGAUUAGGCAAGAAGCAGACAAAUUGGGCCUGACUUCAAGAGCUGAUGGUCUCAGGAAUCCUAUCCUGGAAGUUAUUCUAGAGGAGCUAACUUACAACACAAUCUACUUAUCCCCAUUUCUUUUGGCCUUCACCGAGUGGAAGUGGAAAUUGCAGAUUAUCCUGCAGUACUUCUCAAGAUAUCAAGUUAAGUCUGCAGUCCGUACUCGGAGGUCAGAUAACUCUCAACAAGAUUUGACAGUGGAAAGCGCUCUGAGUAUGUUUUCAACAGACGCAAGCGCAAAGGCCAUGGUUAAGAUGAUGUGUCCAGAAGUUGCUCAGCUUCUCUUAGCACAUGCAUACCAGGUCUGCCUAUCCGUUGAUGGUGAUUCUAGCGAAGCUAAUGAUGCAGCAAAAAUGAUGGGAGCGUCUCUUCUCGAGAUAUCUUGCAAGUUUGUGUCCGCUUUCCAAAAUUUGAGAAAAAUCAACGCGAACAUUCAGAUUUCGCAGUUUGAGAAAGAAGCUUUGUUCACUGCAGCAACGCUGGCAAGAAAACUGCAGAACAAGUAAAGAUUGGAGACUUGGAAGUAUUCAUUUUGGAUUUUGGAGGCUUGGAAGUGAUGGGAUCAAAUGGUUUAUCUUAAGAGAACGAUAGUAUCUUUGUCUCAUCUAUUAUAUGCUACCUGUGUACAUAUAUUUCGGUUAUCUAUUUCCUCUGUAGUAGAGUAUCCGACGCUGACGUAGAGAACUGAAGCAUCUGGGUUGCUCAUCUCGGGGCAGAUAUCAAAUUCACUUAGUUUUCUGCUUGGCAAAUAUGUACUAGAGAAUGCUGGUUUCGUCUUAGAUGGUAACCAAGCAAACCAGCCCGGGUGUACUAGAAGAGGCUGAAAUCUAGGGCCUUGUUGUUAGCCCUGAGAGCAAGGCUAAUCUUCUACUUUGUCAGUACCUAAAUAUAAGUCUUUUUAGAGAUUUCAAUGUGAA